CUAAUAGAGGCUGGGAGGGAUGUGACGCUCUGCCGGCGCAGGUCCUCCGUUGAGCAGAAGGGCUUUCCCUUCCUCUUCCACCUCCGUUUCGUGGAGAAUGGGACAAACCCGGAACUCUGGCCUGAGAACUGUUCAGGCGGCGAAAGCGUUGCUCAUCCCCUUCUCUUAGUAGCGGCGCUCUGCAGCCGCUGCGCCCGAGGCGCGGAGAAAGAGCCCAAUGGAGCUCUCGGAGGUCGACUUGGGCGACGACAGGGAGGGCGCUGGAGCAGAAACGGGCAGAUGCGUUGCGGAGCUGCCUGCUCGGAGCAGAGUAAGCAGCAAGGCGGGCAGCCUGGUGGAGGACGAAGAAGCGGAUCAGGAGCCCGGCCGGAGCAGAAGGGCCAGCCGCGCCUCCUCUCUGGUGAGUGGGCUGCUAACCGAGCUCUACAGCGUGGCGCGCGUUCGCCACCGCGACAGCGUAGACAGUUCCACGGAGGCGUCCGCCGGCUCCGACGCCUUCCCCGGGGGGAGAGGCAGCAGCGCUGAAUCCCGCGUCCUGCAGGAGCUGCAGCUGAACUCGGGUCAGCGGCACCAGAGGAAGUACCUGGCUCAGAAAGAUACUAGUGAACUGACAACAAUAAUACAGGAGUUGAAUUAUAGAAUUUGUGUUCAGUCAGCCAAACUGCUUCGCCUUCUGAAACAAAAGGACAGACUUUUACAUAAAGUCCAGAGGAACUGUGAUAUUGUAACAGCCUGUUUACAGGCAGUUUCCCCCAAACGACGAGUGGACACAAAGUUGAAGUUUACACUUGAGCCAUCAUUAGGUCAGAAUGGUUUUCAACAGUGGCAUGAUGCUCUCAAAGCAGUGGCUAGACUGUCCACAGGAAUUCCAAAGGAGUGGAGAAGAAAGGUUUGGCUCACUUUGGCAGAUCACUAUUUAAAGAGUAUAGCGAUUGACUGGGAUAAAACUAUGCGUUUCACUUUCAAUGACCGAAGUAAUCCUGAUGAUGAUUCCAUGGGAAUACAGAUUGUGAAGGAUCUUCAUCGAACGGGAUGCAGUUCUUAUUGUGGCCAAGAGGCAGAACAAGACAGAGUGGUAUUGAAAAGAGUUUUAUUGGCUUAUGCCAGGUGGAAUAAAUCUGUAGGAUAUUGCCAAGGUUUUAACAUCCUUGCUGCUCUCAUCCUGGAAGUAGUAGAAGGCAAUGAGGGAGAUGCAUUAAAAAUAAUGAUUUACUUAAUUGAUAAAGUGCUGCCUGAUAGCUAUUUUGUCAAUAAUCUGAAAGCACUGUCUGUUGACAUGGCAGUAUUCCGAGAUCUUCUGAGAAUAAAACUUCCUGAGUUGUCCCAGAAUUUGGAUACUCUCCAAAGAGCUGCCAACAAGGAAAGUGGAGGUGGAUAUGAACCCCCACUUACAAAUGUCUUCACUAUGCAGUGGUUCCUGACCCUGUUUGCUACAUGCCUUCCUAACCAUACAGUUUUAAAAAUUUGGGAUUCUGUAUUCUUUGAGGGGUCAGAAAUUAUACUGAGAGUAGCACUGGCUAUUUGGGCAAAACUAGAAGUGCAGGUCAAUUCUUGUGAAACUGCAGAUGACUUCUAUGGCACCAUGGGAAAGUUAACCCAGGAGAUGCUGGAAGAUAAACUCAUUGAUAGCAAUGAACUCAUGCAGAUGGUUUAUUCUAUGGCCCAGUUCCCCUUCCCUCAGCUAUCUGAAUUAAGGGAGAAAUAUACAUACAACAUUACACCAUUUCCUGCUACGGUAAAAUCAACUGCAAGCCGACUGGGAAAAAUAAAAGACAGUGAUGAAGAAAAUGAAAUAGAUGAUGAAGACUCCAUAGCAAAUGUUAUUGGAUGUCUUGGACCAUUUAGUGGAUUUUUGGCUCCAGAACUACAGAAGUAUCAAAAGCAUUUCAAAGACCAUAAUCAAGAGCACAGUUUAGGCUCCAGUAACAUUGCAGAACUAAGUCCUGGUGCAAUAAAUGCUUGCCGAAGUGAAUAUCAUGCAGCUUUUAACAGUAUGAUGAUGGAACGUAUGACCACUGACAUCAAUGCAUUGAAAAGACAGUAUUCUCGGAUAAAAAAGAAGCAGCAACAGCAGGUUCAUCAUGUGUACAUCACAGCAGGGUAUGAAGAUGAUGACCUUGGGAUAGUUUUAGAUCCCAGGGACCAGCUGAAUAAUGAUAAAAGUCCAGUUACCAGUCUUACGCCUUCUCAGGUGAAUCAUUCUCCAGUAAUCAACCAUCUUCUGCUAGGGAAGAAGAUCAAACAAACCAGCAAGUCUGCCAAAAACAAUGUUCCAAGCCACACUGGGGGAAAGAUGCUACCAGGUCCGCAUGAAGAUAUUAAAGCAAAGCUAAACUCUCCAUGGCGCACUCACAUGAGGGUACACCGAAAGAACAUAGCGCGAGCCAAAGGCCAUCUGGGUUAUGGAGAUACAAUAGGACUAAUAGAGGAGCAGAGUGAAUGUGGGAAAACUAGCAGUAUUAAUACAAAAGAUGAAACUGCAAAUAAAUUUAAAACUAUGGAAGGUGAUGGGAACAUUUCAAUAGAUGGACAAUCUCCUCAACCAACUUAUAAAAAUAAUGAUUCCAGUGUCUAUGUAUCAGAGGUCCAGCAGAAGUUGGAAACCUUGGAAUUUACACAGAAUAGUAGAGAUGGUACUGAAGAUGAAUCAAGCAGUUCUGAGUUGCCAAGUUUAGCCAAUGACAGUGGAAUAGUGGCAAAAUCCUGCACUUCUAAGCCACAAGUCUUUUGUCCUUUCCCUAGCGUCAAGCCACUCAGAAAAUCAGCUGCAGCCAGAAAUCUAGGAUUGUAUGGCCCAAAUGAAAGAACCCCAACUGUACAUUUUCCACAAAUGAGUAGGAGCUUUAAUAAGCCUUCAAGUGGUAACAGUGGGUCUAAAAAACGAUGAUAUGUAAAACAACUGGCACUUCAUUAGUAUAAUUAUUACAUACCAUUAUUGUAGGUUUUAUUAUGCUUUAUGCUUCCAAAGGGAUUUCUAAUUAAUUUAAUUCUUUCAUUGGAAAUAAUGAAGAGACAUCACUUAUGUAUAUACAAAAAUAAUUGUUUUGGUUUUUUUUUUGAAAAUGUAGAACUACAUAGUGGCAUAAUUCUUUUUCACAUUAAAAAUUGUCUUGCAGCAUGAGAAAUGUUUGCCACUUUAUAGAUAAUAGCCAUAGGAAAGAACUUUAGAAAGUUUAAUUCUAAACCGUUCGGUCAAGAAUUCUCAAAUACUUGAAGGGCAUCUUUUAACUUUAUUCACAUCCAAAAAUGUUAUCAAGACUUCCAGUGGCUUACUAACAGACAUCCUUUAACAAUUUAGAAGAAAAGUGCUUGUCAUCUGUAUUCUAAAACCUAACAUAUUUAAGUAUCUGCAUUUUCAGUUUUCUACCACUGCUAAUUUUUUUACAUAAUUUUAUCAGGCUAAGAGAAUUGUUAACACAUUGUAUUUUUUACUUAUCCUGGGAGACUAAUUAUUUUUAGUAAGUCACAAUGAGUGUAGGAAGACAUUCUUACAUCUGGUUCUUUUUAUCAUUACAGUUUUUAGCAGCAUUUGCUAUUACAACAAAUGUUCUUGGCCUAAUCCUAGAUUACUCAAAUUUAAACUAAGGGAAUUUAUUCCCAUAUGAGUGAAUAAAGGAUGCCUGACAACCAACCAAUCUUCCUUAAGUCAGAUUCAGUGUAAUGCUUUCCCUAAUGUAUCAGCUUGCCAGUUAAGCAAAGUCAUGUUUGUGUCUGUGUACUUUUUAAAGUACUUUUGACAGCUAAGUGUUUUAACCAGUUUUCUCCAUACAUUGCUACUUCUGUCCACACUUGUAGUGAAAUGAUUGUUUGAUUCAAAAGCAUGAAGAGUUUGAAUCUGGUGUGCACAUUGCAGUAUAAAACAGAAUGAGGAACCUGUGUCUUUUUACUGAAAUGUGGUUCCAACAGUCUCAUUAUUAGCUACCGUAUGUUGCUUUGAAGUAGCAGGAAAAGGAGCUUUUUAGAUGUUUCUGAACUACAAGUUCUCAACUCAUGAUAUAAAGACUGUUAAAACUCUUAAGUCUGGAAAGUAUUAUAAAAUGUGGGAUUUUUUCCUUGUUGACAUUUUUAAAACAAAACUUUUUAUUUUUAGGGCUAAUUGAUCAGGAGUGUGUAGACAGACUAUCACAGAAAAGUUUUCUGUGCUGCUCUAAAUACAGGUAGUCCUCGACUUACAACAGCUUGUUUAAUGACCAUUCAAAGUUACAAUGUCCCUGAAAAAUGUGACUUGACCAUUUUUCAUAGUUACGAUCUUUGCAGCAUCCCCAUGGUCAUGUGAUCAAAAUUCAGAUCCUUGGCAACUGGUUCAUAUUUAUGAGUGUUGCUGUUUUCCAAGGUCAUGGGAUCACCUUUUACAACCUUCUGAUAAGCAAAGUCAGUGGGGAAACCAGGUUCACUUAACAACUUGUUAUUAACUUAUCAACUGCAUUGAUUCAUUUAACAACUGUGGCAAGAAAGGUGGUAAAAUGGAGGAAAAAAAAUCAACAAAUGUGUCACUUAACAAAUUUUGGGCUCAAUUGUCAUAAGUCAAGGACCAACUGUCCUGUACUCAAUUUUGGUCUGGUGGAAGGUAAGACAGGGAGACUAUUUUAGAAAAAACGGUACAUAGAAAAUAGCUUCUCUUUUGUCCCUUGAGUACACUUUGCAAAGCAUUUGUAUUUCUAACUACUUUGCAGUACCUGAGAUUAACUGAUAGCAAAUAAAUUAAUUGCAACAUGCUGGAAAAGUUAUCUUUCUGAAACACUUUGCAUGAGCUGGAAUAAGAGCAUUGGAAACUUACAUCAUAAGAUAAUUCUUGGGACAGAAUAUUUGUGAACUGUUAAUGCAAUCAAAAUAAUAAGUGCUGCAAUUACAGUAAAGUUAUUUAAUAAUAAUGAAACACAGUUGGUAAUAGAUGUAAGUUUUCAGCCCAAGAGUACAAAUAGAAGAAAAAGAAUGAUGAUUCAGCCCUACAGAUUGGUCAGAUGCAAAAGGUGUCCUAGUCUAUGUCUUCCUCAACAAUUGAAUAUAUUUUAGAAUAAGCACUAGGUUACUUUACAGUUAACAGAUUAAAGGAUUAUUGUUAACCAUCACAUUAUACAGGAGAAGAGAAUCCUUAAGGCAUCUGUAUAAUAGUUAUUGUGGUUAUGAAUGCAUUUAAGUUUUAUAUUCUAAGAGUUCAGAUAAGCAUACCCAGUCUAAUAAAAAAAAACUAAUUAAAAAGAGAAUUACUGGUUCUAAAUACCUCUUCAUCUAGUUCUGGAUCUGGAACAGCCCUGUGUGGUCUCCUUGGCAAAGAGUUUUUGAAACUUAACAAAGUUUCUCAGAUAUGGCAUUCAGAUCUGCUCUUAAAUGGAUCAUAAGUCAAUACAAAAAAUAGCAUAUUUUAUUAGUACAUGCUAAAUAGUGGCAAUCACUGAAAUAUUUCAUCAACUAGGGACUUGACUCAUCCUGACUUCAAGGCUCUGGGAAAAGUGUCAAGUUCAGGUUCUUUGGAUCCUGAAUAUUCAUUCUAAUAAUACAUCACAUGUAAAGAGCUAUUCUCUACAUAACAUGAAACCAGUAUAAUACUUGGUACAAGAAGUACAUGAACCUAAUCUUAAUUUUGAUUCCUGAUUUCAUUUUAAAUCCUUAAUUGCUUAUCAAUUGCUUCACUUCCUUUUUCAAAAUGUAUACAUUUUUCAAGUUAAACAUUUUAUAAGAAUCUUAUUCCCCUUCCUGUUUAUAAUUACAAUAGAAAACCUAAAAGCUUAAAACGAUUUCUAAUACUUGAAACAAGCACUUCUGUCAAGAAUGUUUAUACUGAUUUAAUAAUAAUGUCAUAUUUGGAAGGUUUUGGGCAAAUACUUUACAGCAGUGUUUCUCUAUUUUAUUGGUUUUUUUUUUUUAAGGCAAAUAAAAUAUAAUAGCAAUUUUGUUUGACAUCGGAUUCGCAGUGUUUAUACAUAUAUACAUGAAAAAAAUAUCUGGUGUCAUUUAUACUAUACAUUUCUAAUUAAUUUCCGCACCUUUAACUCCUUCCUUGAUUCUAUCAUUUAUCCAUUCGUACCAUCUUCCCCAUAUCAUAUCGUAAUCUGAGUUUUCAUCAUCACUUAUCUCGUAUGUUAAUUUACUUGUCUCUGCACACUCUAAUAUUUUGCUAAUUAUAAGGUCAUCUGGUGGUAGGUCUUUCUUUUUCCAGUAUUGAGCGUACGCCAGUCUGGCAGCUGUAGUUAUGUGUAUUAGGAGGUGGACCUUUUCCUUUCCAUGCCCUUUCUUUACCAUUCCCAGGAGAAAUAUUUCUGGGUUCAAAUCAAUUUCUUCUUUGAGUAUGUCUUUCAACCAUCUCUGAAUUUUGCUCCAGUAUCUUUUGGCUUCGGGGCAUGUCCACCACAUAUGAAAGAAGGUGCCCUGACCAUGACCGCAUUUCCAACAACUUGGAUGUACAUUGGGGAACAUCUGUGCUAAUCUUGCAGGUGCUAAGUGCCACCUAUGAAGCAUUUUGUAAUGAUUUUCCUUGUACGUGGCUGCUCUAGUUAAUUUAUAGUUUUUAUUCCACGCCUCUUCCCAUUCGUUGAAGUUCAAACUAUAUCCGAUAUUUCUCUCCCACGCUCUCAAUUGGUUUCUAAUUAUGUCCUCAUCUCUAUCCUCAUCUAAUAAGUAAUUAUACAGCUUGGCCAACGCUUUUUUUCCUGGUCCCAUCAGAAUUUUGUCUAAUCCGUUGUAUCCUAAUUCUAAACCAAAUUCAUCCUUGUCUUUCUGGUAUCUUGAUUUUAUUUGCAUGUAAGUCCACCAAUCUAAAAUUAUGUCUUGGUCUCUCAGGACAUCAUUUGAUUUAAGGUUUCCCCCUCCAUCGAGGAUGUCUUUGUAUCUGCACAGUUUCUCCAUUCCCCACCUGUUGGGAUAAAUCAAUGCCUCUACCGUAGAGAGCCAAUUUGGGACUUUUGUAUAAUAUCUCUGUCUAAUCCCCGCCCACGUUUGUAUUAGGGAGUCCCUGAUUUUAUGCCUGUGGAAGUAGGUUUUCUUUUUCUUAUCUUUGUCCCAUAAAUACGCAUGCCACCCUCUCUGUAAAUCAUGGCCUUCUAACAUUAAGAUUCUCUUAUUCUCCAAAGUGAUCCAUUCCCUUAUCCAUAUCAGCUUUGCUGCUCUAUAAUACAUUUCCCAAUUCGGGAGUCCAAAUCCUCCCACGUUCCUUUUUUCCUGUAAGAUUUUGAGUGAAAUUCUCGAUUUUUUUCCUUCCCAAACGAAAUCCCUCGUGAUCUUAUUUAAUUCUAGGAAAAAAAUUUUCUCUAAAAUCACUGGUAAGUUUUGGUAUAAAAAUAAGAUCUUGGGGAGGAUGUUCAUCUUGAUUGCCGCGAUUUUGCCUAUAAGUGACAAUUUAAUCUUUUUCCAUCUAUCCAAAUCUUGUUUUAAUUUAUUAAUUAAUGGAGUAUAAUUAUCUUCUUUCAGAGAUGAACACCUUUUGGUUAGCCAAAUUCCUAAGUAUUUUAUUUUUGGGACAACCUGUAGGUAAAUAUGGCGAGGUGGCUGGCUUUAAAUUGAACAAAUCUAAAACUAAAAUACUAACUAAGAAUGUAACUGAGGCGCAGAAGAAAGAGAUAGAAGGAACUUUGGGCCUACAGUUUCUCAACCUUGGUUAGUAAAGUAAAGUAUUUGCCCAAAAUCUUCCAAAUAUGACUGAAGGGAAUUCUGGGAAUUGAAGUCCACCCAUCUUAAACUUGUCAAGGUUGAGGAAAAAUUGCUUUACAGUAAUCCAUAUUGGGAAAUAUUCCGGGCAUGGACAUAGAGUUGUCUCAGACACCCAGGUUAUCUGGGUGGUGUUCUUCAUUGUGAGAUAUGGAGGAACUGUGGGAGAAGCUGCUACCAUACAUUGGGUCUGGUGUCUUGAACUUUGCUGUAAUGUAUUAGAUGGGUCUGCAUGCAUUACUGUUGCUAUUUGAAUUACUUGAGUAUAAAACUUAAAGGACUCAGUGGUUUCUAUUUGCCCAAUCCCCUGUGCAUUCUUAAACUAUCCUGAUGUUUAGUGUUGUCUUGGCAUGUUUGUUUGUGUUUCAAAGGCCUCCCCUCCCUUUUUAAAAAAAUUCAGUUUCAAAAUUCUAUUUCAACUUGUUGCUUGUGUAUGCAGAAAGAGAAAAAGGAUGUGUGAAACAA